GUCAGUCGCCGGCAUGGCGGUGUGCGCUCGUCUCUGCGGCGUGGGCCCGUCGCGGGGAUGCCGGCGCCGCCAGCAGCGCCGGGGCCCGGCCGAGACGGCAGCGGCCGACAGCGAGCCGGACACGGACCCCGAGGAGGAGCGCAUCGAGGCGGGCGCGGCGGCGCUGUCCGGGGCGGGGGGCGGCCGGAGUGCUGGCCCCUCGUCGCCCCCGCGCUGCUCCCUGCUGGAGCUGCCGCCCGAGCUGCUGGUGGAGAUCUUCGGCUCUCUGCCCGGUACCGACCUGCCCAGCCUGGCGCAGGUCUGCACCAAGUUCCGGCGCAUCCUGCACACAGACACCAUCUGGAGGCGGCGCUGCCGGGAGGAGUAUGGCGUUUGUGAAAACUUGCGGAAGCUGGAGAUCACGGGCGUGUCUUGUAGAGACGUCUAUGCAAAGCGUAUAAACCCUCGUGUGAAGUCAGGACGUUUCAUGAAAAUUCUUCCCGAUUAUGAACACAUGGAGUACAGAGAUGUUUACACCUGCCUGCUUCACCGGUACAGACACAUCUUGGGACUGUGGCAGCCGGACAUCGGGCCGUACGGAGGACUGCUGAAUGUGGUGGUGGACGGCUUUUUCAUCAUUGGCUGGAUGUACCUGCCUCCCCACGACCCUCACGUGGACGACCCGAUGCGGUUCAAGCCCUUGUUCAGAAUCCACCUGAUGGAGAGGAAGUCGGCCACAGUGGAGUGCAUGUACGGCCACAGAGGGCCCCACAACGGCCACAUCCAGAUCAUGAAGAAGGAUGAGUUCUCCACCAAGUGCAACCAGACGGACCACCACAGGAUGUCAGGCGGGAGGCAGGAGGAGUUCCGCACGUGGCUGAGGGAAGAGUGGGGGCGGACGCUGGAGGACAUUUUCCAUGAGCACAUGCAGGAGCUCAUCCUGAUGAAGUUCAUCUACACCAGUCAGUACGACAACUGCCUGACCUACCGCCGCAUCUACCUCCCGCCCAGCCACCCGGACGACCUCAUCAGGCCUGGCCUCUUCAAGGGCACCUAUGGCAGCCACGGCCUGGAGAUCGUCAUGCUCAGCUUCCACGGGAAGCAUGCCAGGGGCACGAAGAUCACGGGUGACCCCAAUAUCCCUGCCGGGCAGCAGACAGUGGAGAUCGACCUCAGGUACCGCAUCCAGCUGCCCGAUGUCGAGAGCCUCCGUGACUUCAGCGAGCUCUCCCGCAUCGUCCUGGAAGUGGGCGAGCAGGUGCGCCAGGAGCAGCAGCAGGAAGGCGGGCCUGAGGACAGCGAGGGAGAGCCCCGGCCAGGCCCUGUGCAGCCCCAUGCGGAGCCGCCCGCUGAGCAGGGCAGGGAGCCUGGGGAUGGAGGGGCCUUGGCCGCAGCUGAGCAGCCUGUCCAGUCUGGGCAGGGGCAGCCGUUCGUGUUGCCCGUGGGCGUGAGCUCGAGGAACGAGGACUAUCCCCGGACCUGCAGGAUGUGCUUCUAUGGCACCGGCCUCAUCGCCGGCCAUGGCUUUACCAGCCCUGAGCGCACCCCUGGGGUCUUCGUCCUGUUCGAUGAGGAUCGUUUUGGGUUCAUCUGGCUGGAGCUGAAAUCCUUCAGCCUGUACAGCAGGAUCCAGGCCACCUUCCGGAACGCGGACUCCCCGUCCCCACAGGCCUUUGAGGAGAUGCUCAAGAACAUCCAGUCCCUCACCUCCUGAAGGCCCCGGCCCCGCGUCGGGCAGCUCCAGGCCCCGACCCCGUGUCAUGGGGACAGCAGCACGCACUUGGGAGACUCUGCCUCUGGCCCGACCCCCGUCUUCUCGUAGGAGCCUCGACGCGGCUGCCCCAGGCGCUUCCGUAGAGUGCCCUACUGCCCGCGUGCUUGUCAACAGCCAAUGGGAAUGCUGAGCACAUCUUACAAAAACAGAAGACCACAACCGGACUGAUCUAGAGCACCGGCUGCAGGGCGUGCAGAUAAGUGCGUUGGAGAGAGUGGCUGUUUUCUAGGGAAAACGAAUCCUCCUUCAGGAAGGUUCAGGACACAAGAUUCUGCCUCCAGCUGAUGGAACACUGGCUCCACCGUCCUCUCUGCGGGAAGCGAGCCAGAGGGCCUGGGCGAGGGCCUUGGUGACUUGGACUCAGCCUGGGCGGGUAGGGGCCGUGUGUGUGUGUGUGUGUGUGUGUGUGUGCGCGCGCACGCGCGCGCGCAAGAGCAGCUCCAGGGAGUCAGCCGCAUUGG